CACCACACCCACUCCACCAUUCGGUUGAAUUGAAUUGGUGCUGUAUGUACUGUGCUGUGUUAGUUGCAUCGGUUUUGCCGGCCGGCAGGCCAGCAUGGGGAGGUCUCCUUGCUGCGACGAGAAUGGCCUGAAGAAGGGGCCUUGGACUCAGGAGGAAGAUGAGAAGCUGCUGCACUACAUCCAGAAGAACGGGCAUGGCAGUUGGCGGACCCUGCCCAGGCUGGCCGGGCUGAACAGGUGCGGCAAGAGCUGCCGGCUGCGGUGGACCAACUACCUGCGGCCGGACAUCAAGCGGGGCAAGUUCUCGCGGGAGGAGGAGCAGACCAUCCUCCACCUGCACUCCGUCCUCGGCAACAAGUGGUCCGCCAUCGCCACGCACCUCCCAGGCCGCACCGACAACGAGAUCAAGAACUUCUGGAACACGCACCUCAGGAAGCGCCUCAUCCAGAUGGGCUUCGACCCCAUGACGCACCGCCCCCGCACCGACUUCUUCGCCGCGCUGCCGCAGCUCAUCGCGCUCGCAGCCCUACGCGGGCAGCUGCCCGCCGACCCCGACCCGCCGCAGCAGGCCGGGACGACGGCGGCGGCUCUCGCCGGUCUCAUCGGCGCCCUCUGCUCGCCGCAACUGACGCUCCUCGACACCACCACCACUACUACCGCUGCUGCUGCCCCGCCGGUGGUGUCGUCGUCGUCCGCGGACGACGAUGCCGCCCACCAGUACUACUUACCGCGCACCACGUUCCCCGACGCGCCCGGCAGCGGUGAAGCUGCCCACCAGCGGCAACAGCAAGCAGCAGGCCUCAUCAGCUAUGGCCGACGACCCGACGACGACGACGGCGGUGAUGUUGACGUGUUCGCGUGCUACGGUGCUGGCGGUGGUGGAAGCUCGCUGCCGCCCCUGACCGACCUCUCCGACGACGCAGCCACCCUGCUGCAGGUGGACACGGCGUCGUCCCAAUUCGGUAGUGGCGGCUCCAUCCCGCUCCUCCCUUGGCCGGAGUUCUUCCCCGACGAUCCAUUCAUCACUGAUUUCCUAUGACAUCGUCGACACACUGUAUAUUUGCUCGAUCGUCGUGCAAUAUCGUACUACAUGCGGAUCUAUAUAUGUACGUCGUAUCUCCCUCUGAACUUUGUAAGCUUUGCGUACUGUACACACACAAACAUAUACGUGCAUUCCUUUCAGAAC